UGAAUGUCACUCUUCCGUAAUAGAAGAAACUUUUUUGCGAAAUCUUUUUCACGCGCUCGCGCGAAUUUCUCGGUUACGGUUACGGGGAAAAAGCAACACCAAACACAAAGGGACGAAGAAGAGAUCGAGGGAAAGAUUCUUUCGCGUUUAUAAACGUGCUUGCUCCGUUCGAACUUUUUUUCAUGUUUCUCCUCUCCUGUUCUUUUAUCCUGUGUCUAGUCGGUUCUCUCCGAGCGUUGUCACGAAACGUCACAGCAAGCCUCGAGCGGUCUUGUGACGCGCGAGAAGGCGAUCGAUCGACGUUCACGUUCCAGAUCGCGCCAUCCAACUAUAUCGGACCUGCGUGUGGACACGCGAGGAAUUCCAAUUGCUUGUCCGCGAGACAGGGGACACACGCGCGCGACGUGCUCGAUAAAGUAAGAGAGAGCUUCGCGAACUCGUGCGUGCUGGUGUGUGCGAGUACCGUCCUUCACCGAUCGCCUCGUUCGAAUCGACAAGCGUCAGUAAGGUGAUUUCGAUACGGAGAGAAGCAGCCCCUGUGAAAUUGCAACUGAGAUUUUCGACUGUGACGACGAUAAUAGACGAGGAUCGCGACGACACUAGACGACGAAUAACGCUUCUGACACGACGUUGACCGAUGACCGAUAUUCGAUAUCGAAAGAACGUAGUGCCGAAAAGAAAAGAAAACUCGAUAGCAGUGGCCAACGAUACGGAAGAGAUCCGUACGCCGUACCGUUGCCACGGCGUGUGGCAGCGAUUCGUAUCUCGCGCAGUAGUAAAUAAUACCGUGUGUAAACGUGGUUACGCCGGUCGGGGGAGGUCCUCCUCCGUGGAAUAGCACAUGCGCUCACAGAGAGCGCUUACGAGGACGACUCAUCAGCCGUCGGAGAUUGGCGAUAAGUCGCGUGGCACAGAUCGCAAAACCGCUAAAGUAGAUCUGCAAGUGAUCUACGAAGGCAUCACGACGACAGAGGACGGAGUUUGCAAGAACCGUUUCCGGAAAGGCGCGAAAAGUAGACGCCUCACCGGAAUGAGAGGUGAAUCGGCGCGUCCGGGUAAGCGCCCCUUAAGAGCGCUUUCCGCUUCAGAGAAGAUGGACGCCAUACAGAGGGUCCACGAGGGAGAGAGCAAAGCGUCGGUUGCACGCGAUAUCGGCGUACCAGAGUCGACGUUACGCGGAUGGUGUAAAUCCGAGCACAAGAUCAGGGGCAUGGCAAGAAAUUCUUCGACGCCGGAUAGCGAGGCCCACUCGCCCGCCUCGUCUUCCGGCGCGAACGUGGCAGCUGCUAACUUGGCCGGUGGCACGACGAAUUUGUCGAGCGAGGACGAGGGUCCUUGUGCGAAGAAGGCGAAAAUAGAUCAACAAACAUCGGUAACGAGCGCGAGCACGUCGUUUGUGGGUGACGUUUGUACCGACUCCGAUGGUAAACCAGAUAACAAACCGAGGAUCGAUUACGUAGGACUGAUGACCAGCAUGGCCGGCAUGAGACCCGAAAAUAGUUCGUUGCUUCUGCAACAGUUGGGACUGUUAUCAGGCGCAACCGGCACACUUGCCAAAAAUUUGUUGGGUAUGUCGCCGGCCUUGACGCACGGCAGCACCGUCGGUCUCGUGGAGAACGGGCUGCAAUACACAAAGAACACCGGAAACGCAUGUCAUCUCGGAAACAUGAGUAAUUUGACCAAUAGUAACAAGAGGCAUAGUCUCUCAGCGAUCGCACCGACGCAAAUGGACUCGGUGGUCGCAAAAUCAUGCAGCACACGAAAGAGUUUGCCACCUGCGGCAGAAGCGCCAUCUACCCUGGUGCCCGCCUCUCCCCGGAAAACACACGAGACCAAUAGCAUUCCAAGAUCGAGCAGCAAACCGAGGAAGGACGGGAACAUGAGCAGCAGCGGUAGCAACAACAAGAAGGUGGACGAGGCAUUAUGGCUGUGGCUGACGCAGCAGCAACAGCUACUCGGUCAACAGUCGGCGAGUUUCAAUCCGAGCAUCAACCAGCAGGACGGUUCGUGGUUCUGGCAGUGGUACAAGCAGUGUAGUUUCCCGUUGGUAACGCCGACGCCGACGCCGCCAGCACACACUCUGGUCGCCAAGAAAUCGCCCAGCAGAACGAGGGCCAUGCUCGACAAUGUACUUAGUAGCAACAACAGUGAGAACGUGUUGCGAAACGUGAACAUGGAGGAGGAGUCCGCCGCUGUCGCCGCCGCCGCCCCCGCCGCCGUCGCCCCCGCCGCCGCCGCCGCCGCCCCCGCCGCCGCCGCCGCCGCCCCUGCCCCCACGGAGAACCACGAGGCGAAUAGCGAAGACGGGAUCAACGGCGAGGAAGCGAUCCGGCACGGCGAGAAGUUCUUGAAGUGGUUGAUGUACAAAUGCUCCGAGCCGUCGGUUACAAGACUUCAGAUCAUACAGUUCAAAUAUCUGUUGGACAGGCUGAAGGCACAUAGAAAGAAGUCGUCGUCUAGUUCGAAACAAAGUAGAAAAUAGGCGAGAAGAGAGGAGGCAGAAGCUGUGAUGCUAGUUAUAUAUUAAGAAACUGUGUUAACGAUCGUCGCGCGGCUCACGAGGUGAAAAAAAGAUAGGUAGAAUCGGACGAAAACACAAACAGACACCCAAACAGACACAGAAAAUGGCUGUACAAGAGUAUUGUUGCUCUUCGAACGUUAUCGUACGCGACAUACCGUCGUCGUCGCCGUCGUCGUCCCCUUGAAACUCCACGUCCCGCUAAAACUCCACGUCCCGCUGAAACAACUCCACAUCCCGUUGAAACUCCACGUCCCGUUGGAACGACGCGUUCAUUUUUUUCGUUUUUUUUUUCUCUAUUUCUUGUCGUUUCGUUCGUGCCGAUUCCCGAACAUUAGUACACCUUGUGUUUCCGAUUCGCCUAUGUGUGUAUGUGUGCAAAAAAACAAGAUGAAGAGGGAAAACCAGUGUUUGCCUUCUAUCAUGUUUAACGGAUUUCUUAUUAUGUCAAUUUAAUUUGAACGGAUCAAACACGAUCCAUAUAUUUCUCAAGCACGCCUCUCGUAUUCGAUGAAAUGCGUACAUUUAUUCUUUUUUACUCCUUUUGUUCUAUAUUUUCGACAUUUUUUCUGUUCCGACAUUUUUCUUUUCUGUUUCUUUUUUUUCGAGGUAUCUUAUAUAUAGGAGUCGGGUUAAAUCAAAAUGGAUCAUAAUUAUUCUAUAGUUUUCUUAUUAGAAUCUUGUACAUAAGAGAUUAUACCAAAAUCAUGAAUGAACUGUUGUAAUUAUAACGGAAAAUAAAAUGUUCGUAGAGAGGUAUAAUUAUCGAUUAAACUUGUCAUUCGUUAGUUUAAGUGCGUGCGUGUGCGCGCGGCGAUAAAUUUCCUUACGAUCAUAUACAAAUGAAAAAACGGAACGAAAUCGAUCGUUCUUUCUCGGAAAUCGUUCGUUCUCUGGACGAUAUUGCGUUCUCAACAUUUUUUACGAAAUCUCCGUUACAUUAUCAUGACCAAUGGGAUAGUUAUACAUGCCAUAAGUCAAGAAUCAAGAUCGCAAAUCUGCAUUAUCUACGGUCGAGAACAUAUUUUAGUUUUACCGUUACAUUCUAAUUAUUAAGCGAAUAUAUCUAAGAAGAAAAAAGAAUUAAUACAUAACUUCAUAUACGCGAUAUUUAAUUGUGGACUGAGCUUUUAUCCCAAACAGUUCUACCUCUCGUUAUGUUAACGCGUAUUUACGUAUGGUAAAUAAUAAUAAGAAUUAAAAUGGUGUGCACGCGACUCGCACGAAACUAAAUGGUCCAAAUAAAAUGAAUGAAAAAAAUCAUAAUAAAAAAAAUGACAAAAAGAUGUUUGUUAUAUCGGUGAGAAAUUAUAUAUUAUAUAUAAAAGUAUACAUAUAUAAUUAAGGACCUUUGUCGCAGAACUUUAUAAGAUAAGGUGUUUUUCUGGAAAAUACAUUUAAUUACUUGCCAUACUGAGUGCUUUGUCCAGAGGCUCGUAUUCGACGUAGUCACUGACAAAUUUUCCGCAUCCCUGCCACGUGUACAGGUCUGGAUAUGGCAGUGUACUUCGUCUGAUAGUAGUAGAUACGAAUUUCUGCAAGAGAAACGAUUUAAACUGUAAAAAUAUUUCCUAUUUCGUAAUUUCUUUUUCUUAUUCUUAAGUGUUACUUUGUUGCAGCAAGAUUAUCCCCCUCCUCCCCUCUCCCACAAAAAACAAUCUUUUUCCGUGUAUUUAUUUUUCUUCUGUUUUCUUUUAUUUCCCAUGCAUCAUGUGAAGCAUUUAUAAGUUUGCUUUUUAAUUUUCCUCCUAGAUACGUUUUUCUGGAAUAGAGAACAUAGUCUGGCGAAACGAUUGUUCUUUCAAUUGCGGUCACAUGACGCGCGAAACAUUAGAUGUGCGUUAAAGGGAAAUAAUCUUGCUGUUAGCAAAGUAUAUUUAGAAAUCUAACACACAAUUACAAACCAAAGUAUGGGAGGUGUACUGUCGAAUGACAGUACGUGUAAAUAAGACUGUGACGGUGCACUUGUACGCAAAGUGCAUACUAUGUAUUGUAGUUCAUUUAAAACGUAUAUAAAUAAAUGUAUAGCGAAAUUUAUUUUUAUUAUUUAGAUUGUAGAAGGAGUUUCGAGUGUAUUAGAAAAAUUCCUACUACACAGUUGUAUUUCCACUACUUACGUUAAAUGAAGAACAAACGAAUAAGAAAAAAUAUUGAUAAUGAAGAGAAAGACUUAGUCUACAUCAAGAAUGACAUUCCUCGUUACCCUUGAAAAGAACACUCUUGAACGACUCAAAGAAAAUUUCUCGAUGCUGAUAAUUUUAUUUAUAACAGGUUUUAAUCUUUAUACAGAAGAAUAAUGCCUUUGUAUAAUGAGUCGAAACAAAUAUUCAUCGAGUGAAUACACGAAAAAAAAAAAAAAAAAAAAAAAAAAAAAACAAAUGAAA